AUGCAGACAAGCGAUAGCAAGAUAGUGGAAGUACUAAUCAACAACUUGCAGCUUACAGCGGAUCUAUCCACGCACACAGUGCCUAUCAGCUGCAUAUUUUCUUGUCAGGAGCUGGUUAUCUUUUUGGAGUCGUACUUCUGGAAAAGCAUCGAGAUAACAAUAAGAAAGGACCUAACCCCAAGCGCCCAGAGUGGCAUACACGCAAUAGUGCGGUGCAGCAUUUACGAAAACCUGCGUGGGGACUGCAGCAGUUUUGUCAGAAACUUAUGGAGCAUAUUCCGCACGAAGAUGGAUGAGAAGAAAAAAGACUUCUCCGCCCACACGGAAAAAUUAACCAAAUGCAAGGACAAGUUCUUCUCUGAGUUUGACCACAUGAAAGAUCUAAUCUUCAAUCCUAGCACGUCUUUGUCGGAGCUGCAAAGCAUGCAACUGAGGAUGCAGAAAUAUGCAGAGGAGUGCUGCUUGAGGACAAAAGAGUCUGUGUGGCCAUGCAUUCGGGACCUGUAUAUGCUCAAAGAGGGCAAGAUAAAAUUGACAGAUCUGGUUGAGUACACUGAGGCCUCGCCCCAUUCUAGUCAAAUCCAGAGCAUGGCGUCCAAGAUGGUCAUUGCAAAGGAAAGCUUGUUUUUUUACACAGAGCCUCUGGCAAUGGAGAUGUAUCACAGACUCAACGACACCUCCGAAGAACUCAGCCCGAGCAAGCUGUACGAAUUAUCCUGCGAAGCGGACUUGCAGCGGUAUUCUGUUAUUUUGAACUUUAUGGAGACCACCAGAGAAGAAAGCUUCAUUUCAGACUGGCGCCUGUACCUCAUGCACUUUAUUUCGAGUAGGCUCCCGAAAUACUCCCUACGCGAGCUUAUGCAGCCUGUGAGCAAGGACAACUGCGUAAAAACCCGGGCAGAGCACAUUGCAGACAAAUUCUGCGAGCUGCUUCCCUCUUUUUUGGACGAAAUAAACACUGCAAUAGACAGAGAGCUAGCCGGUGGAGGGGCGUGGCUAGCGGAGGCUGACCGGAUUUUGACCACCUCCGGAAUUGACGUUGCCAUGGCCCACUCAAUGCUCUUUUAUGGGAAAGAGCUUUCUGAGGGCGACCUGCACACGCUGCGGGAUAUCCCUGUGUAUAAGCCUAUACCGCGCGAGAUUGUAGACAUGGAGGAAAGAGAGCAGGCAGUAGACACUGUGCCAAAUGAAAAACAUGUUUUUUGGACAACCAAGACAGUCUCUUGCGCACUAACCGCGUGUGUGCUUUCUGUUGUUGGGCUAGUAUUGACAAGACGGAUAUACUCUUAG